UUCGCUUUCCCGCUCCUCCCAUCGUAUAUAUAGAGAAAUGCUCUACCGUUGAAUACGACCUCCUAUUUUUUGGUUUUAAAAAAUGAAAUAAACUUUCGCCAUGUUUCUCCCUAAAUCCGAGCGUUCGCAUCGCGAGAUCUCAUACGCAGCUAUGCUUCCUCGAUCCGAUCCCUAAUUCAACGUUGAAACCCUAAUCAAUGCGAGAAUCCUAGGGUUUCUCCACCGCGAAGGGCGCCCAUGUCGGGGGGCGACUUCGAGUUCGGGGGCGAUCGGAGGGCCCUCGUUAGAUCGGCCCCCUCCUCCUCCUCCGAUCCCGAUCCGGAGACGUCCUCUGCGGCUGCGGCGACGGCGGCGGUAGCAAUGGCGACGCCGCCGUCGCGGACGCCGACGUCGGCGAGGAGGAGCGGCGUCGGAGACGUGUUGAGGCACCUCGACCGGGGGUUGUUGAACCGGGGCCGGGUCCGGCGCCACGUGAACCGCGGGGGCUCGCCCGUGCCUGUCGUUGACCGGACAACGGACGAUCUCGGCGACGGAGCGCCGCCGGAGUGGGCGCUGCUGCUGAUCGGGUGCCUUCUCGGCCUCGCCACUGGAAUCUGCGUCGCUACCUUCAAUCGCGGGGUGUAUGUCAUACAUGAAUGGGCAUGGGCAGGUACUCCCAACGAAGGUGCCACUUGGCUUCGCCUGCAGAGGCUUGCUGACACUUGGCAUAGGAUUCUACUGAUCCCUGUGACAGGAGGAGUUGUUGUAGGCAUGAUGCAUGGUCUGCUUGAGAUAUUUGAGCAGAUUAAGCAGUCUAGAUCUACAGAAAGGCAUGGUGUUGAUUUUCUUGCGGGAAUUUUCCCGACAAUAAAGGCCGUCCAGGCUGCAGUUACUUUAGGUACAGGUUGUUCAUUAGGACCAGAGGGGCCGAGUGUCGAAAUUGGCAAAUCGUGUGCUAAGGGGUGCUCGGAAAUGAUGGAGAAUAAUAGAGAAAGAAGGAUUGCUCUCGUUGCAGCUGGCGCUGCUGCUGGAAUUGCUUCAGGUUUUAAUGCAGCAGUUGCUGGCUGCUUCUUUGCAAUUGAAACUGUAUUAAGGCCACUUCGAGCAGAAAACUCUCCUCCUUUUACAACUGCCAUGAUUAUAUUGGCAUCUGUUAUAUCAUCUACAGUGUCGAAUGUUUUACUUGGAGAGAAGCCAGCCUUUAUUGUCCCAGCGUAUGAACUGAAAUCUGCUGCCGAACUACCUCUAUACCUCAUCUUAGGCAUGCUGUGUGGGGCAGUAAGUGUGGCUUUCAGUCGUUUGGCAGUUUGGUUCACAAAAUUUUUCGAGUACAUAAAAGAAAAGUUUGGUCUUCCUGCCGUCAUAUGCCCUGCUUUGGGUGGUUUGGGAGCAGGCUUGAUAGCUCUCAAAUAUCCUGGAAUACUAUACUGGGGAUUCACCAAUGUUGAAGAAAUUCUACAUACAGGAAAAAGUGCUUCUGCCCCUGGAAUCUGGCUACUAACCCAGCUUGUUGGGGCGAAAGUAGUGGCUACUUCUCUUUGCAAAGGAUCUGGUCUUGUAGGUGGCCUUUAUGCUCCGAGCUUGAUGAUAGGUGCUGCUGUCGGUGCUGUUUUUGGAGGCUUAGCAGCAGAAGUAAUAAAUUCAGCCAUUCCGGGUAAUGCUGCUGUUGCACAGCCACAGGCCUAUGCACUGGUGGGAAUGGCUGCAACCCUAGCUUCAGUUUGUUCAGUUCCUUUGACCUCAGUAUUGCUUCUUUUUGAGUUGACAAAGGAUUACAGAAUUUUGCUUCCGCUCAUGGGAGCUGUUGGGUUAGCAAUAUGGGUUCCUUCUGUUACAAACCAGCCCAUGGACGAGCCAUUAGAGUCAAGGCUACCUGGACGAGGUUAUUCUUCAUUGACUUCUGCUGACGACAAAAAUGAAGCUUUGUGGAGAGGACCUGAUAGAGGAGAUGAUCUUGAGCUAACUAUGUUAUGUACUGAUGCUCCCAACCAUGAAACUUAUGAUGUGGAAAUGCUUCUGGAUGACCUCAAGGUAUCUCAGGCCAUGUCAAAGAACUUUGUUAAAGUUGAUCCGUCUGCCACAGUGAAGGAAGCUAUAAAACUUAUGUACGAUAAGCAGCAACGUUGCGUUCUUGUUGUGGAUCAUGAAGACUUUCUUGAAGGAAUUCUUACCAUAGGUGACAUUCGUCGCAAAGGACUUGAAUUAUUUGUAGAGACUCCUCGCUCUCCUAAGGGAGAUCCACCUGUGUUAGAUGUGAACUCUUCUCUCAUUUCCUCAUGCCUUACUCGGGGCUUUCAGUAUCAGGGGAGUGAACGUGGAUUGUUGACCUGUUUCCCGGACACGGAUCUGACCACAGCGAAAGAGCUUAUGGAGGCCAAAGGAAUCAAGCAGUUGCCAGUGGUCAAGCGAGGCGGGUCCCUCAGAAAUGACGGAAAACGGAGACUGAUUGCCCUUCUUCAUUAUGAUUCAAUUUCCCGCUGCCUACGUGAGGAGGUCGAGCGUUGGAAGAUUGUCUACCAAAGGAAAGAAGAUUUUCAUCAAAUGACGCUUAAUGGACAUUGAAAACGAAAGGAAAAGAAGAUGAAACAUACUGUAGUAUUUCGUCAGAGUAUGCCUUCAAAGCACAAAUUUUGAAAGCAACUUUGAAUAUGGAGGACCUCUCCAUAUUGGUUCAUUCAGAGUUACUUUAUUCCGCUGAACCUCGCAUCUCUACAAUCAGAAAGAGACCAGGGACUUCUGUGCAUUAUUGGCUGAGAUGGAAUUGGAGAACAAACUCUGGUCCAGUUAUUCAUAACUAUAUCAGUUUAUGUUCGUUAUUUUUUAGCUAGUUUUUUUUUUUUUUUUCUUUUUUCCUGAAUUUAUGUAUGUAUAGAGUAGAAGAACACGUAAUAAUCGAGGGCUACACCUGUAUAGGAUAAUGUCAUUUCUUAAACCAUUCAUAGUGAACUGCUCAACAUUUUUCUCUUGUUGUAUUAUUCAUAUUUGAUGCCAUUUUUCUGCUCAUUGUUAGGACAGCAUGUACAAUGUGUUGCCAUUUCUUAUUAUGUGAAGAAUGUUGAUUAAA